AUGCAUUUUGGUCAACCGGCAGCAAAUUUCAAAAGCUUAAAAUUUAUGCAGGUGGCCUUUUCUGUGCUCUUAUACCUUAUCAAGUAUAUUUUAUGAAAAUACCUAAAGGUAACUAGUUAUGGAUUAAAAAAGUCAAAUAGCCUUAGUAUAAUGACUUUAUUAAGCACAAUAAUUUAUUGCCCUAAGUAUUUUAAUCUAUAA